CCGGAUGGCACUUCCGGGCAGAACUGCGAAAGUUGCUCAGGAUUCGUUUGUGACAACGGUAAGUGCAUUCCUGAACAGUGGAAAUGUGACGGCGACGGUGAUUGCUCUGAUGGCGAAGAUGAACUUAGGGAUUGUCCCGUACCUGACUGUGAUGAGGAAACGUUUUUGUGCAAGCCAUUGAAGAGAUGUUUGCCCAAACGGUACGCCUGCGACAUGGACGCUGACUGUCCCGACGGUUCCGACGAAGCCGACUGCGAAACCCGUCCUAGCGACGGCUUCAAAUGCAACAACUUCAAGUGCAUUAACGGCCACUUUAAAUGUGAUGGCGACGACGACUGCAAAGACGGUUCAGACGAAGAGAAUUGCCCUGUUCCGGAAUAUGAUGACCCAAAGUUGCUCUGCGAACCCAGGAAGAAGUGUCUUCGGGAAGCGAAUAUCUGCAAUAAAGCCAACGACUGCCCUGAUGGCUCAGAUGAACAAAACUGCGAGGAAUACGAUUGUGGAGAGUCGAGAUUCAAGUGCGCUAACAACAAGUGCAUCAACAAAACCUACAAAUGUGAUGGAGACGAUGACUGUAAAGACUGGUCUGACGAAGCGGACUGCCCUUUACCCGAGUGCCAAGAUAGCCGUCAACUCUGUGCAUCUAGGUUUAGGUGUCUUGACGCAGCGGAUGUCUGCGACAGCAGAGAGGACUGUCCCGACGGGUCUGACGAGCGAAACUGCGAAGAGUACGACUGCGGCGAAGGAAUAUUCAAAUGUGCAAACUACGUCUGCAUUAAUCGUGCGUUCACAUGCGACGGGGAUGAUGACUGCGGCGAUGGCUCCGACGAGGAAGGCUGUCCUGUACCCGAAUGUACCGAGGAACAAUUCCUUUGCCUACCAAGAAAGAAAUGUUUGGCAAGGUCCGACGUGUGUAACCUCGACGUAGAUUGUCCAGACGGUUCCGACGAACAGGACUGCCAAAACUACGAAUGCGAGGGCUACAAGUGCAACAAUAACAAGUGCGUGAACAGCGCGUACGUCUGCGACGGAGAUGAUGACUGCGGCGACAACUCUGAUGAAACAAAUUGCACACAUUAA